CAAUUCUUGAUCAAUUUAUGUAUAAAUAUUCAUUAUAUAAUUAAAGUAGAAUGAUAAUAAUUAACCAUUAACUAUGAAAUCAUUAUGUAUAUUGUGUUUACUUAUUUCAUUAGUAUUCUGUAUGAAUAAUGUAAUGGAAGAUUCUACACAACAGUUACAAGUUCAAAAGGAUCAUAGAAGACGAAGUCAACCAAAUCUUUAUCAGUGUAUGGCAUGCGUAUCCGGUGUUGUACAAGCCAAAAAUAUAAUUUUAAGUUCAUCAACAAAUGUAUCAAUCAAUGGUAUAAUUAAAAAUGUUUGCAUGGGAACUGGCCCAUUUAAUACCUCAUGUGGAAUGUUUGUGAAUGGACUUUUGUCAAAUAUCUUUUAUGUAAUCCAGGAAGUGAUACCACAUGAUUUGUGUGCUACAUUCGAUUUUUGUGAUUACCCACCUGAGAUAUCUGUUUGUGAAUAUUGCCUCAAAUCUGGACUUUCAAUCAAAUCAAUAUUAUUGUCGGAAACUUUUGUAUCCGAGUUAUAUAAUAAUACAUUAAAUAUGUGUAAUACACAACGCAAUCAAUCACUCAUUUGUGGUCCAUUCCUACAUGAUUUGUUCUUGGCAGUAACAUUAAGCUUCAAUAAACAAUUUCUUAUACAACGCCUUUGUCAGAAUGCUGGAUUUUGUUCAAAAGUAUAACACUUUCAAUAUGAAUGAAUAACAUUUCCUAAUGUAAUCGACUAUAAUAUGAAAUAUCGAUUAUUUUUCUGAUUGCUAAAUAAAUAUACUGUUUAAAUGUAAACAACCUUUUUGAUAGUAGUAUAGUAAAUUAUUAUAAAAUUUUACUAAAUCACUUAUAUUCAAGUAAUUUUAUUCUAAUGGUUUAAAUAGUUGUCUUCUAAAAUAAAUCCGCCCCCUAGGAGUUACUUACUAAUUAUUGAUAAAUGAUUAUUAUACAAAUUGAUCAAUCACUGUGAGUCAAUAUAAAAUUCUUCUGUAACGUAGAUACAAAUUCAUUCGAGAAUAUAAAUUGUAUAAAUACUUAAUUCAGGCUUGUUACUAUAUACCAAACUUACAUAUGGAUCAAACUUAUAACCUAAGAGUUUCUAUCAAUGACAUUGAUUUUUAACUUUCAAUGUAUAUUCAUUCUCAAAUUAUUUCUUUACGUAAUCAUGUUUACAUUUUAUUAUUCACAUUAAUCUUUCUUAAUCAAUGUCAAUAAAAGUUAUUAUAAUCAGAUUUUAUAUCUGACUCAAUAAUAUUACAAUUACAAAUCAAUCUAUGAAAUAUUCUAGAAACUGAAGAAAACUAAAUUUUGUAUUCAUUCAAAUUCAUCAUUAUAAAUUCUUGAAUUUUAACUUAUUCAUCAUUGAUAACGAGCAAUUCUUAUUUCAUUUAUUUUUAAUAUCAAUUAUAGAAAUCAUUAAGAAACUAUUAAGGAAAGGAAAGAUCAUGAUUUAAUUUUAAUUAUCAGAAGGGGUUUUGUGGAGAUAUUAGAAAUUUCACUGAUUGGAAUCAUGAAUCAAUUGAAGCUAGACUACUAUGGGAAACGUGGAAACACUGAACGGCUGUUUCAUCCUAGUAUGGGACUCCUCAGCAGUGCGCAUCCACAAUCAAAUCAUUUAACUUUAUUAUAAGC